AUGACAGACACGCCCGCGCCGCCGUCAACGCAGGCAUCACUUCCCAGUCAGACUGUUCUACCUGCGCCGGUGGACACGGUUGUCAAGGAUGACCCAGCCAUUGCCCCGACCGUAGAGCAGACGGAAGAAGAGCCUUACACCAUAAAGUGUAUCUGCAACUUCUCUGACGAUGACGGAAACACAAUUUACUGCGAGACGUGCGAUACCUGGCAGCACAUUGACUGCUUCUAUCCCAACAAUAGAGAGGAGGCCAUCCGAGAAGACUUUGCCCACUCCUGUGCAGAAUGCAAACCGCGGCCCCUGGAUCGACAAAAGGCUAUCGAGCGAACGCUUCGACUCCGAAAUGUCAACAGUAUACUGGAAAUACAAAAAGAGCCCUUGGAUAAGAAGACGAAGCGCCCGCCGACCAAGACUGCCAGAAAGAAACCGAAGCCCAACGACCUACAAUUAAAUGGCCACCCUGAAAACGGCCCUCCCUCCUCCUCAAAGAAAACCAAAUCCUCACACCGCCCUUCACACUCUGUUAGUUCCCAGCCAUCGAAGCGAAGUCCUUCAUAUGGUCAGAACUCGCGGUCGAAUCCUGCCCAACCCCCCAGUCCUGCCACAACACCUCCUGAUCUUCCCAAUGAUUUUCAGAUUCAUCACUACUCUGCUGGAUUUUACUCUCUUUACAAUGAACAAGAGGUCCCCGAUACACACAACAAUGCGUUUGCGAGCCUGGCCAUCCCCACAGCACUGUCACGAUGGCUGCGAGAUCCCGAUACGAUGAAGCAAGAGGUCGGCAGGACCCGUGCAGAAGUCUUUCAAGACGAGCCGCCCAACGUGGAUCAGAUGAAGCCAAAGCUGGAGGUGAAUGACACCACCCGACUGGUGGAACCUGGAACGACUCUGCGAUGGCGUUGUAUUGAAUCGACAACAGCAGUCGAAAAGGACGUCGCCUUGAUUGAGCUGAAUGGCGAAAUCGGCUUCCAAAAAGAUUAUUGUGCCGACCCUGCCAACGUCUGGGCCGAUCUUUCUUGUCCGCUCCCUUUUGUCUUCUUCCAUCCCAGUUUACCACUGUACAUUGACACGAGAAAAGAAGGCUCUCUGGCGAGAUAUGUACGGAGGAGCUGUAAGCCAAAUGCUCAGCUGGAUACCUAUUUGUCUGGGGGGUCAGAAUACCACUUUUGGCUUGUCAGCGACCGAUAUAUUCCUGCGAAUGAACAAAUCACGUUACCUUGGGAUUUCCGACUGGAGAAGAGUGUGCGGGACAGGUGGCUUCAUCUAUUAGGAUUGAGUGAUGAUGACUCUGCGGCGCAGGAUGAGCCAGAGCUGGACUCGGCUGAAUAUACAGCCAUCUCUAACUGGAUCGACCGAAUCUUGUCUGAAUACGGUGGCUGUGCCUGCGAUCUGGAGAACAACUGUGCUUUUGCCCGGUUUCACCGGCAAUAUCUUUUUGGCAGAAAUCAAAUGAAAGGUGGAAAGAAGAAGCCGCGAAAAGCCCGUAAUCACACCAUCUCGCCCACUAGCACUGGUCAGGCUACCAAUAGCAGAGCCGCUAGUGAGGGAAAUAUCGACGAGGGAGCCGAUGAUGUCAAACUCGAAGGAACAUCACGUAGCAAACCUCCGAGUCGCGACCGCACUCCAGUUGGGUCUUUUGAUCAACUUGGAAUACUAACUGAGCCGACGGACCGAGACAAGAGGAAAGUAGCGAUGGUGGAAGAUUCAUUUCGCCGAAUGGAACAACAGCAACCCCCGAGGAAAAAGAAGCGUGUUUCCGAUGGGACAACUCCUUCAUCAAAAUCAAAGUCAAGGAAUGGUUCAACGGGCCCACCUGGACAGUAUGUUGACGCAGGCACGUCUCGCAGCAAGUCUGGCUCACCAGCUAGCGGGAGAUCACCAAGUAUUGGCUAUCCAAAGGCACCGAGCAAGCAAUGUUCAUCUACAUCGGACUCACGGCAGACUUCAGCAGGGCCUCGCGGUAUGUAUCGCGAUGCGACCGUGCAAACCGACCCAGUUGAGGGCCAUUGGAUAAGCGAGUCCUGCAACCCAACUCCAAUUAGAAAGAGAAUCAUCUCACUUUCGAAGAGAUUGAUGAAUAGCCGGCGCCGAAGCCUACUUACUGAGGAGGAACGGAAAAGAAAAAGUUUGGCAAAUCAAAUAUCCAAUGCCUCGGCUAUAGAUUUGGACUCGCCCACCAGCAGCGAGCACCGACCCUCAAUCGCCAGCACUGGUUCCGAUGUGACAUCACCGAAAUCGCAUUCGACAGAUACCAACACGGCCGAACUAUCUCAGAGUUCAGUAUUGAAUGACACGACGAUGGAGACUGGCAAGAUGAAGGCCCCGGAUCUUCGUGUACAAUUACCUCCAGUACCGGCGUUUGAUAGCACCGGACUGGUCACGUCAACCACGGCCACUCCUCUAUCAGCAGCAAGCUCAGCAGCGCUGUCCCCGUUUGGAACUUCAAGCGCAUCGAAUCCUUUUGCUGUGAGCUCAAUUUAUGGCGUCGUUGCUACCCCAAGUCCCGUUAAGAAGAAACUGAGCCUCAGUGACUACAAGAGUCGACUAAACAAGGCAGCGGGUAAAGCCGCAGGAGGAUCUACUGUGUUGAAGCCAGGCCUAGCUGGUCCCGAGGAUGUCAAAGUGGAAACGACGAUGGAGCCUCAUCAUCUGGACAAACCCGACGACUCAACACCGACGGUAAACGGGGCUUGA